CUUUGUGGUGGGAGAUGGGAGCGAGGGCAAGGAGGAAAUGGUGAUUCCUGUUCCUGACUGACACAGCUGGGUUUGACCCCAGGCAGCCACAAGGGACGGAGGCAUAAACGCACACACACAUCCACAGGCACGCUCGCAGCAGCUCACUUUGCCCAGGUCCAUGAAGAUGCUGCUCUUCUUCUUGCUUUCACUCCUCCAUUUCAACCCAUCUCUGAGCCUCAAAAUCUGCUCCUUCAAUGUGAUGUCUUUUGGAGAAGCUAAAAUAGCCAAGCCUGAAGUCAUCGAUGCUGUGGUAAAGGUCGUUUCCCGCUGUGACAUCAUGCUGCUGAUGGAAAUCAAGGACAGCAAGAACCGGGUUUGUCCCCUCCUGGUGGAGAAGCUCACCAGUCAGCGGAAGGAGCCAAAGGAGGAGUACAGGUGUGUGGCCAGCAAGAGGCUGGGAAGGAACAGCUACAAGGAGCAGUAUGCCUUCAUCUACAGGCAAGACCAGGUAUCAGUGAGACAAACCUACCAGUACCCUGACACCCAGCCUGGGGAUGAGGAUGUCUUCUCCAGAGAGCCCUUCAUCAUCUGGUGGCAGUCUCCCAAAACUGCUGUCAGUGAGUUUGCCAUUAUCCCUCUGCACACCACACCAGACACAGCAGUGAGGGAGAUUGAUGAGCUCUAUGAUGUGUAUUUGGAUGUCAAACAGCGCUGGAAAACUGAGAACUUCAUCUUCAUGGGGGACUUCAAUGCUGGGUGCAGCUAUGUUCCCCAGAAGCAGUGGAAGAACAUCCGUCUGAGGACCUACUCUGAGUUCCUGUGGCUAAUUGGUGACAAAAAUGACACAACCGUGAGGAACAGCACCAGAUGCCCGUACGACAGGAUUGUGGUCACUGGACAGAAGCUCAUCCAGGCUGUGGUGCCACACUCUGCCAACAUCUUUGAUUUCCAGGAGGAGUUUCAGAUGAGUGAGGAGCAGGCACUGGGGGUCAGUGACCAUUUCCCAGUAGAAUUUGAGUUAAAGGCAAAAGGAGGCUUCCUCAACUGGCUGAGAUCCAAGUUCUCAAGGAAGAGGAGGCCAAAGAAGAGCCGCUCACCGAGAUCAUGAGCACGCUGAGUCCUCCUGCCUGCACAGAGAUACACAGAUGCCAACAGAUCCUGUAGAAGUCUGUAUAGAAAUGCUCACAGCAAGUGCAAUAUUUAGCAGGUAAAAAAAGCCAAAUAUUUUGUAAAGUUCAAAUGUUCUGAGUGAGAAGGCAAAUUAAGCCUUCAUGCUGUUUUUUCUUCAUUGUAUAUAGAAAUAAAUCAGCUAGGUGCAGCACACUGUACUUACUGUACUGGUCACAAAUGUAAGGAGCUACUGCAGGGCUGAAAUAUUUCUGUGUGCUUUACCUGCCUCACCUGAAGGGCAGGGAGCUCCACAUGUCCCCAUGGGCUCUGGAGCUCUGCCAUUCCUCUGCAGGGGCAGAAGGAUUAAAAAGGACCUUUCUGCAUCA